AUUGGCCUUCAGAUUAUGAUGCUACGAGAGAUAAGAGAUGCGCUGGGUGGGAAAUCACCAACUGUUCAUGAAGAAAAAAAUAAAAGAUUUUGGAAGUGUCCUCAACCGAACUGUCACGGCUUCGCUUGUCCCACUGACUUCAGGUGUACUAUGUGCAACAAAGUUAUUGAUUUCUCUGAUACCUCUCUGAAGUUUUCCGCUAAAACAGAACCUGUCAUACCAUCAUCCAAUGGCACACCAUCGGUGAAAAGAUCAAGGAUGGCCAACAACACUCACCUUGUCCCUCUUAACAUAUUCAGUAUCGGAAGGUCAGGAAUUUUUGAUGGCCGUGCUGAAGAUUGUUGCAUCAGUUCAUCUUCUAUUUCAUGCAAAGUUAAAGUAGAAGGUAAGCCUUUUACGUAUUCUAUUUCCCAGGCGUGUGGACUGGUGUCACCAUUCAAUACAAUAAUAUGGAAAUGCUUGUUUUCUGCGAAACCCUUCAAGUGAUUUUCGUCAAGCCAUCUAUUUCUUUCAAGACACAGCUUUCUGAACUUCUUAAAAUCAAGGAAUUCAUCUUGCCAAGCGUCAAAUGGUUAAUUUUGGUAUUCCGGGAACCAUCUGCUGGUGAUUUGUUGUAUGUAACAGUAGAUGAUCUUGAAGGUUUAGCUAAUCGAGUUCGUGAAAACGGGUCUUGUGAUAUAUAUUGUAGUGCAGAAAAAGCUAGGGAAAUUCUUUCUAGUUGUGGCCUUCGUCUACCACGUGCUGAAGCUAAAAGGACUAAUUCAACUUUUCGCGAGUCUCAGAUUUCUAACCAAGUCGAUCAAGCUCAAACCAAGUCUGACAGGAAUCCCAUUUCAAAUCUGGAAUCUAGUUCAUCCCAAGUUGACAAACACACAAAUGAGGGAGGUCUGCUGACUAAUGUGAUAAAUACUCUUACUCAUUCCGGUAUCCAACUGACAAAUAAGUCAAGCUCACUUCCUCAGGAAAGCGAAAAUACUGUCCAAGGAAAACUGACAAUGGGUGAAUGUAAUCAAGAAUGUGACGAUUUAAUCAUUCUCUCUGAAGAAAAUACUGGCGAAUGGGUUCAGAAUGCGAGGUCAUCUGCUCUGACUAACAGUGGUAAUCCUCAAACUGAAUCAUCUACGAAUCCUGAUGACGAUUCCUUGAAGUUCGACUACAAACCUCCUGGGUCUACCGACAGUAUAACAAUAACCAAUAAUGAUAUUGAGUGUCUUGCACCUGGAGCUCUUUUAAAUGAUGCUAUAAUUAACUUCUAUCUCAAAUAUUUGUAUUUCGAAAAGCUCACAAGUUUCCAAAAACAAGCCACUUAUUUGUUCAAUGUAUUUUUCUACAGUCGGUUGGCGAGUGGUGGUUAUAUAUCGAGUGAUGUACGUGGUUCUACAAAUUCAAGUAAUUUACCAAGGAGUUCAGAAAACACAGAUGAAACAAUUUUUGCUCAGCAUGCUAAUGUUGCGAAAUGGACACGUCGAGUCGAUCUUUUCAGUAAAGAUUAUAUUAUUAUUCCAAUUAAUGAAUGUGCACAUUGGUUUCUUGGUCUUGUCUGCUAUCCAUGGAUGGCGGGAAUGGUCAGUUACACGGCUCUUUAUCGUGAAGAAGUUUAUCAUCUCUGCCAGUUGAACGAAAAAUUUACCGAUGUUGAUCGCAUCAACUUCUCAGGCGACGAUUUAAACUCCCUAGAUAUUGGUGAAGAAGUUAUUCAAAGGUUGCCUACUGACACUCCAGGUGAAGCAUUUGAUCGGUGGCGGCGAAGACGUUUAGCCUGGCUUCGUCAACGUGGUGUUAACGCAAUGCCAUGUGUUUUACUAUUCGAUUCGCUUCCUUGUCAAAGCCGUGUUGGCAAUUUGCAUGUUAUUCGAAAUUAUUUACAAGCUGAAUGGAAUACACGCAGAUCAGCCCAAGACGGUGUUCUCCGCUUCGAUAAGGAUACAAUUCGAGGUUUUAGUCCUCGAGUGCCUGUUCAGAGUAACCUGGUUGAUUGUGGAAUCUACCUACUUCAUUACGUGGAAAUGUUUUUCAAGAAACCUGUUCAAAGUUAUACGAAAGAUUAUUUCCAACACGAAAUGGCUGGUUGGUUCCCAGAAGCUACUGUCAGUCAGAAGCGUGCCCAAAUCCAUGACCUUUUGGUUAACCUACGAGAGCGUACACUGAGGGAGAAGGUCAAAAACUGAUUCCAAUACACAUUACUGUAACAUUAUUCCUUUUAUUAAUUUACGAAAUUCAGUUCUUCAAAUGGAUAUAACCACCCCAUCUUCUUGUAUAUAACUACACUCCCAUCGUUCCUCUUGCAUUUCGAUUGUCUUUUUCGACAGUGUGAUUGGUUCGGAGACUACUACUAAAAUAUUAAUGACACAUUUUGUAUUACAAUUCUUUCAGUCGAAUAUUUUCCCUCUACCUAUUUUAAAACACGGGGCUAUCAUCAAAUGAAUCUUUUAAUCCAUUUGUUAAGACUAACUGUGGAUGUACUACUGUGUAAUUUUCUAGUUUUACUAUUUGUAAUGCAUCACUGACAUCAACCAUAACGGUAAUUGUAAAGUUUUUUUUCUGCACACUAUUAUUAUUUUCAUAAAAGUAGGAAACUAAUAAUGAGUAUUUGUGUAUGUUUCUGUGUUUCUCUAUUUCCUAACUGCAUUGUGUGUCACACAGGUGAAGUUAUUAGUGGAUAUAUCGACCAAUCAUGUGUAAUAGAUUGAUGGACUAUUGACUAUACGUAGUCCUUUGAAUUCGGUUGGGAAUUCAAAAAACACUUAACUACAAACUUGAUGAGUAACUGAUACGGAAAGCGUAUAAAGUUCUAUGAACGUAUGGAAUAACACUGAGCAACCUACCUGUGUUUCCCACCUCCAGUAAAGUGUUGCACAGCCAUAAACGAAAACAGGGCAAAACAGACAUCCUUUGUUCACCAUACGUCAUGAAAGUUUACAAAAUUCAAACAAGGCUUUUAUUCGUGUCAAGAUUCUGUGGGCUAUCUAUCGCACAAUGCUAAUGGAGCUGCCAAGGUGAGUAUCGUCAGUGUGCUGAACUACUUGCCUUCAUAUGUUCAGACUAAAAGCUGGUCAAUUGUAGCUCUAAAGCAUUUCGAAUUGUUGGAGACCCAACUAACACUAAUGUAGUCCUCAGGACAUUCAGAAGAUUUCAUUUCGCUGACGUCUUACUCAAACAGAAACAUGCCACCUGAGUAAUGUAAAUUAAGUGAUCUCACAUUGCCAAAUAAUCGCCUAUAGAAGGUUGUCCUUGGACGAAAGAGUUCAUGUACCUAUCCUGCAAUAGUGUAUGUCUUUAAAAAUUUCUAUCCACAACGUUCACACAUUGAAACAGACCGAACAACGGACAUUCACGGCUGAGACUAACGUCUCGCAUCGGAUGUGCAAAACGAUGUCUCCUCGUUGUGUCCAUCUAUACUCUGAUAAUUAUUUUACUACCGUCAAAGUAACUUUUUCUAUGAAUUCGG